ACGCCGUUUAAAAAUGUCAAUGUGAGAUGGGGUGUGGAAAGUUUUAUGCUUAAUUGUGUGCGCUUCCGAUUUUAAUUGCUAAGAAAUUAUGGACAUUGGGCAUCUUGAACUCAACCCAAGGAUUAUAAAUGCAGUGAAAAAAGCGAACUUGAGAUCGGCGCGGGACAUUCUAUCUCUUUCCGAUUCGGAUCUCCAGCGUCUUACGCAUCUGUCCGCCUCCAAUGUACGCAGUGUGCGCUCCGCCGUGGCCCUCGCGUGCCGCAGCCGAUCGCCUGCCGUCACGGCGCUGCAGCUGUACCGUGGCGAACGCCCAGCUCUGGAACCAGGCCACAAGCUGACGACGGGCUGCCCGGCACUGGACAGCUUGCUGCGAGGGGGCGUUUCGCUGACGGGCAUCACGGAGCUGGCUGGAGAGAGCGGCGCGGGAAAGACGCAGCUCGGCCUCCAGCUGUGCCUUACUGUGCAGUACCCACGCGAGUAUGGAGGGCUUAGCUCAGGAGCAGUGUUUAUCUGUACAGAGGAUUCAUUUCCAAUCAAGCGUCUUCGUCAGCUCAUCACCCUGCAGUCCAGGCUGAAGGCAGACUGUCCCGAAGACCAGCGGCGCAGAAUUCCCUUUAGUGACAACAUCUAUGUUGAACAUGCUGCUGAUUUGGGAGCACUGCAGACCUGCAUCUCUCAGCGGGUUCCUAUACUGCUGUCACAAGGUCUGGUGCGCCUAGUGGUGGUGGACUCUGUAGCUGCUCUGUUCCGCUGCGAGUUCCGGCCAGAGGAAACUGUGGAAAGAGCACGCCACCUGCUGGCCUUUGCCAGUACUCUGCAUCGCCUCAGUCACUCCUUCUGUGCACCUGUACUCUGUAUUAACCAGGUAACUGAUGUAGUAGACCCCUCUGGUUUGGCUGUCAGCAAUAUGGGGCUGGCAGAGACAAAGGUGCUGCCUGCCCUUGGUAUGGCCUGGGCCAACCAAGUCCUGGUGCGUCUGAUGCUGAGGCGGAUGGAGGGACACAAAAGUGUGGAUGGCUGGAGUGGCACACCACGGAAGCUGGAAGUACUGCUUGCACCACACCUCCCCCGCACAUCCUGCCUCUGCAGCAUUGUUGAGGAGGGAGUAAGGGGAAGCUUCACCCCAGGCUCUACCCCAUUGGACUAGGGGUCCUAGUGGACUCCUUGAAAUAGCAUACCUGGUUCAUGGGUGAUCCAUCAGUCCACAGCUUGCACACAUUGAAGAUGGU